AUGACACGGCCUUUGAUCUUUGUUCCGGCCUUACUGUUGGUGUUUUUAGUCAUUAACAUCCCAGAACCGAUUAAUGGAUUAGUGGAGCCUAUCGUUAUGCCUGAUAUUCUCAAAGAUUGCUAUCAAUAUCGAACCCAAGUCCUCAACGUCACUGACAUGCCAGCACAUGAGAUCAGUGCUUUUUGUAUCACAAACUUUUUGUACAAAACCUACCACCUGCGACCUCAAAGACCAAUAGCAAACGAGACAAUUCAAUAUGCUCAGGAACUCUUCCGUCAAGUAUUCGGGGAGGCUCAAAAACGUCGCAGAGUUAAAAGACAGUUUAUCCAGAGGGUUCGACAAGAAGUACGCGUGAUGUCAAGACAGCUCUGGAACACAUUUGUGACGAGAGUUAACAUGCUGAAGAAUCAGUUUGUUGGACGGAAUAUAAGUCGAUACGAUGCCUUCGCAGAUAUUCAUCGAUUGGUAAUAGACUCGGCACACGGCGGACCAAAUUUUCUUGGAUGGCAUGCUGUGUAUUUGAUAUUAUUUGAGCAAGCUAUUGGAAUUCCUGUACCGUAUUGGGAUAGCCGACUUGAUUUUUACAUGGAACAACCUACAGAUUCAAUAUUAUGGACCCCCGAAUUUUUCGGAGAGGGGUUUGGUGCCGUGACCAAUGGUCCCUUUGCCAACUGGUAUACCCCGGAUAACGUACCGCUUACCCGUAAUAUUGGAAAUGCUGGAACUCUUAUAAGCGACGCUAAUGUCCAAUCUGUCUUAACUCGUACACGUCACAGAGAGAUUGUUGAACCUAAUCCAAACCCGCAAUUUAGCUUGGAGAUCCAUCAUAACGGUCCCCAUGUUUGGGUUGAUGGCCAACUAUCGGCAGCGGCAACAGCGGCACAGGACCCGGUGUUCUUUUUGCAUCACUCGUUCGUUAACUACUUCUGGGUAUUAUUCCGAAGAAGACAAAGGUCUAUUGGUAUUGAUCCUGCAACUGAUUAUCCUCCAACAAAUAAUCCACUUCAACAGCCUUUUAAUCGCAUGAUUCCCUUCCAACUCAGAAACAUUGAUGGAUACAGCAAUCAGAUAGAAGCUUUAUCAACAUACCAACCACCUCCUACCUGUCCUAGUUGCGGUGGAAGCUCUUACUUAGAAUGCUUCAAUAACAGAUGUCGUUCUCGCGUUGGUCUUGUUCAAAGUGGCCCUGCUGCAGCUGGUUUUGCUGGUAUGGGUGGUAUGGGAGGGGCAGCAGCAUUUACUUCACCAACGGCUGGUGGACAGGCCAGAGCAAUGCAAACUGUGGCGCAGACCGGGCCCUUACCAAUUGGAAAUCGAUUUAAUACGCCUUUCCGAGACCCUAGAACUAGAGGAGACACCAUUCCUAAUGCUCCUGUAAGGGAUAGGGUGAGACGAAGUACAUCAACAAAUACUACAUCAGCCAGAGCAUCAUCAUCCAACUUCGACACUUCUCAAAUAAACAAACCGUACCAAAAUACAUUUCUUCUGAAUGGUGUAAGUGAUGUGAAUCGCUGGUCGUUUAUACCUGUAAGAAUAAUUUUUGAAAGAACCCCGAAAUCAAAGUUCCAAUCGUUUAUCAUUAAAGAUGGUCAUUUGAUAGAGGCCAGCGACAUGUUCGAGGCACAAAAAUAUCAAGGACUGAAAGUUGAAAUAAAAAAGAAGUUGCCAGCAACCUACAGCAAAUGCCAUGUUUCCGGUUCCGGUGCAUCCAAGGUUUACGUUCAGACUGAUGGUAUUGACUAUUCUGGAAGGUAUAAGGACUAUGCAGUGGUGGAUGAGAGAUUACCGAUCUCAUCAUCUAUGACCUAUAUUGGGGUUAAAAAUCCCACUGACGGUGCAGCUCAGUUUUAUAUGACCGCUUAUGACUCGUGUGGACGUGUCUGUAGACCGCAAUGUCUCACUAACGGAAAUUACCGACCAUGCUCCGGAACCUUCCGAAUAACUUCGACGUAUCCGAGAAUGUACGGACUCUCUUAUGAAGACGCAGUAAAGGGAAUUUGGAAGAAAGGAAAUAAUCUCAUGCCUGAGAGCAAUGCUGGCGAAGUUCCAAUCACUUUCUUUUGUGACGCAUACAUGAAAUGGCCGUGGGUUUUUGAAUAA